UGUUGGCAGCAGUGCAAUCUUUUGCAAAUGGUGGAUUGCGUUACUUUUUCUCGUGCUCCGUGUAAAAUAUUUACGUAAAAUAGUGAAAAUUACGACGUGCGGUGUUUCUGACCAACAUAAACAUGUCGGAAACACUGCCGAACAAUAAAAAACAAGUGUCGAGGCAGCUGCGCGAGCGCAAGCAACGCAAGCUGUACUCAGACGAGUGGGCACUAGGCGAUGACGACACAGAGGGCGGGCGCGGGUUCUCGCUCGCGGACAAGCUGGAGAGCGCGCGCUUCGAGCACCCCGGCGCCGUGGCCGAGAUGCAGGGCGCCGACCUCACCGUCGCCUAUCUGCAGAAGCACGGCUUCACCACCCCCCUGCUGUUCAAGGAGAAGACGGGGCUUGGACUGAGGGUUCCGACGAACAACUUCACGGUGAACGACGUGCGCAUGUGCGUGGGUUCCCGCCGCCUGCUCGACGUCAUGGACGUCAACACACAGAAGAAUAUCGAGAUGACGAUGAAGGACUGGCAGCGCUACUACGACGACCCGAACAAGGAGCGGCUGCUGAACGUGAUCUCGCUGGAGUUCUCGCACACGCGGCUCGAGAACUACGUGCAGGCGCCGCGCAUCGUGCGCCAGAUCGACUGGGUCGAGGUGGUGUGGCCGCGCCACUUGAAGGACCAGCAGACUGAAUCCACAAACGCAUUGGACGACAUGAUGUACCCGAAGGUACAGAAAUACUGCCUCAUGUCAGUAAAGGGCUGCUACACAGAUUUCCACAUUGACUUCGGAGGUACCUCCGUAUGGUACCAUAUUUUGAGAGGUGCAAAAGUAUUCUGGUUAAUUCCACCGACCGAGAAGAAUCUACAGCUGUAUGAGAAGUGGGUGCUGUCUGGGAAACAGUCUGAUGUGUUUUUCGGAGACACUGUCGAGAAGUGCAUUCGCGUCCAUCUGCAAGCGGGCUACACGUUCUUCAUCCCGACGGGGUGGAUCCACGCGGUGUACACGCCGAGCGACUCGCUCGUCUUCGGCGGCAACUUCCUGCACCAGUUCGGCAUCGAGAAGCAGCUCAAGAUCGCGCAGGUCGAGGACGUCACUAAGGUGCCGCAAAAGUUCCGCUACCCGUUCUUCACGGAGAUGCUGUGGUACGUGCUGGAGCGGUACGUGUCGGCGCUGCUCGGGCGCGGGCACCUGACGCGCGACGGAGCGCCCGCGCCCGCGCCGCCGCCGCCCGCGCACCACGUGCACCUCACGCUGGCCGAGCUGCACGGCCUCAAGGCGAUCGUCAUGUACCUGCACCAGCUGCCAGCGGCCCGCAAGUCGGUGCCCGAGCUGCUGUCGGACCCCAUAGCGCUCGUGCGUGACGUGCGCACCGUGGUGGAGCAGCACCGUCAUGACAAGCAGGCGCUCGCCAUCACCGGCACGCCCGUGCUCAAAGGUCCAGACGACGUGGUGGCGGGCGAGCGGCGGCAGUCGAGCGGGCGCGGCGGGCGCGGCGGCGUGCACCGCGGGCCCGCGCGGCCCCGCCCUGAGCACGCCAAUAAUGCGCCUCGUAGGCGACGCACCAGAUGCAAGAAGUGCGAGGCGUGCCAGCGCACGGACUGCGGCGAGUGCGUGUUCUGCCACGACAUGGUCAAGUUCGGGGGCAUGGGCCGCGCCAAGCAGACGUGCAUCAUGCGACAGUGUCUGCAGCCCAUGUUACCGGUGACAGCGUCUUGCGCAGUAUGCCAUCUCGACGGAUGGAUGCAAACACCCGUCGCUCCACAGGCCAAAGGAAACUCAGGUCGCGUCGGCCCGUCGUCGCUGCGCGAGUGCUCCGUGUGCUACAGCAUCGUGCACGGCGCGUGCGUGCCGCCGGGGGGCACGAUCAACGAGGACCUGCCCAACUCGUGGGAGUGCCCCACGUGCACCACCAUGGGGCUCAACCACGACUACAAGCCCCGUCAUUUCCGCGCGAGGCAAAAAUCUUCGGACAUCAGGCGAAUGAGCGUCGGCUCCGAUGCUAGUCAGCUUAGCCAGCACCACAACAGUACACAGAGCAAACUGCUACCUCCGCCGGCUCCAGUCAAGUCCGAGGGCGGCUCCGACACAGAAGCCAAAGAUCUCUCACAUAUCAAAUCCGAGGAUGACAUGAAGGACGCUGACGGCGCGCGGCUGGGCUCGUGGGAGCCGGCCAGCAAGAAGCGGCGCAGCAGCAGCGAGGAGGAGGCGCCCAAGAAGCAGGCGUUGCGCGCCGCGCUCGCCUCGCAGCUCACCAUGCACUCCAUGAAGCCGCUCAAGCGCCCCGUAUACCCGGUGCGCCCGGCGCCGGCGCCCGCGCGCGACGUGGGCGUGAACCCGAGCGGCGUGCCGUGGCUGGAGCGCGCCGUCAUGCUGCCCGUGUUCAGCAAGCUCACGCCGCACGACCUGGCCGUGUGCGCGCUCGUGUGCAAGGCCUGGGCUGAGUUCUCGGCCUUGGUUGGGGCGAACCCGGCCGUCGUGCCGUGGAUGGAGCGCGCCGUCAAGCUGCCCCUGUUCCGCCAGCUCACGCCGCGCGACAUCGCCGUGUGCGACGCCUGGGCCGAGUACUCGAUGGAUCCGAAGCUGUGGGGCAGCAUGUCGUUCGUGCAAGUACGCGUGUCGGCGGCGCAGCUGGCCGGGAUCGUGCGCCGCCAGCCGCGCGCGCUCGGGCUCGAGUGGUGCAACCUGGCGCGCCGCCAGCUCGCCUGGCUACUAGCCCGCGUGCCGGUGCUCCGCUCACUAUCGCUCGCCGGGUCGCCGGCAGAGUGCGCCUUGGCGCUGCGCUCGGCCACGUGCCCGCCGCUCACCAGCCUCGACCUGUCGUUCGCGCGCUCGCUGGACGACGCCAAGCUGCGCGGCAUCCUCGCGCCGCCGGAGAACUCGAGGCCUGGUGGCGGAGUGCGGACGGGCGCGGAGCCGUCGCGGCUCGCGGCGCUGCUGAUCCUGCGGCUGCCCGGCACCGACAUCACCGACGUCGCCAUGCGAUAUGUCGUGCAGGCGUUACCAAAGCUGGAGGAACUAGACGCGUCGUCGUGCGCGCGGCUGACGGACGCGGGCGCGGCGCAGCUGGCGCACCACCCGCUCGCGCGCCUGUCGCUGGCCGGCUGCCGGCUGCUGACCGAGAGCGCUCUGGAACACCUCGCUCGGUGCGACAACCUCGUCAGGCUGGAUCUCCGACACGUGCCGCUGGUGUCCACGCAAGCGGUCAUCAAGUUCGCCGCCAAGUCGAAGCACAACCUGCACGUGAAGGACGUGAAGCUGGUGGAGCCGCGGACGCCCGCGGCCCCCGGCGCCCCCGCGGCCCCCGGCGGUGCCCCCGCCACCCCCGCGUGCUGAGCGCGCGGCGACCCACGGCCGCCGGGUACUGGCGCUGGCUGAAACAGAGACGUUCUGUAGAGAUGCUCGUGCUUGACGAAAUGACGGAGCUGGCUUGCAAUCGAUUCGUUUAAUAAAACGAGUUGUAGUUAGCUCAGCGCUUUGAAAUUUUGUGUUUCGUCAGUCAGGAGUAGCUCCGGCAUUGUGGAUUGUUGUACGGUCAGCUUCAUUUCUAGCUAUACACUUUGGUAGCGACAAGGCUGUCCAACUCACAAACCAACAAUGUUUGAAAGUGAAUAACUUAGGCGGUGGGCAACUUGCCCAGGGCAAGUGUAAAGUGAACAGCUACUUAUGAAGUUGACUGUACAAGAUGUUGAUUACUUUAUCGUGUACAGUAUAGUACCGAUGUUUGGUACAUAAAGUUGUAUCUGACCCUGAGUGGCGCGUAUUUUCUUGAUUGAACUGAUGGUAGGUAUGAAUGACACAGUGUACAUUAUGUCAUAAAGGAAAUACGCAUAGGAUUUUCCCCACUCAUACAAUAUUAUGAGGAUCAUUGUAAAAUUAUUCUUUACGUAGGGUUGAAACAUAACAUGUGUUUUAUAAAUACACAUCUUAACAUAGAACGUCAGUAACAUACCAUAAUUGAAUGUUCAAUGUCUAGUACCCGGUUACCAACACCACUAGCAAAAGGAGUUUACGUUUGUAGAUAUUACAAAGACUUAGUUUAAAUUGAUAUUUGAUCGUGAUAAAAAUGUCUAAAUCAUACUUCAAGUCUUCAUCUCGUCUAUCUCUUUGUUUAGUGUUACUACUAAUGUAUGACGAAUACAUUAGCCUAAGAUACAUUUGAAUCCGAUUUGUAUUACAAAAGUACUACAAAUCUAUAAAAUGUUAUAAAAUAUUUAAUAAAAUCGAAAGAUAAAUUUAUCAAUUUUUUUUUCUAUAUGGGAAGCAAAAUUAUCUUAUUUUCUUUUUUAGAUUAUUGUGCCAAGGCAAAGAUUUAUCAAAUCAGCACAUAUUUCACUGCACAACUCAAAAUAAUUUUAUUCGAAGUUAAGAAUCCUAAUUUUAUAUCAAACUGUUAAAUUCAUUCAUAUAUAUUUUAUCUAUUGUUUUCCACAACUUUUAGGGCCGCGUGCACGACGCCGGCGGCCUCUAUGGCGGAGAUUUGAGUGUAAAUAAUACUAUAGUGCGUGCGGCCGCUCGCACCGCCCGCUCCGCCCGCUGGCGUCGUGGACGCGGCCUAACACAAGCUUUCGAGAAAGUUCCAAUCAGUUUAUUUUUUCAGAGAGUGCGUGAAAAAUACAUUAUACCUUAUAUUAUUUACUUGUAAAUAGGAAAUCUGUGUAUUUAUUGUAUUAUUGUUUUAUUUUUGAACGGAGUGAAAUUUAUUGAAAGACCAACAUUAAAUUACUUCAUACAAACCUAUCAUGCUUACAUACUUGCUGAAUAGUUACAAAAUGACUAUAUUUUUAUAAACAGUGUUCUCAUGGUUAGGCGAGUAUGAUAUUAUUUAGUUCUAGUCGCUUUUAGUUUUAAAUUAUCGUAACUUAAUUAUUUUUACUAGUAUUGACCAGUUAUCAGUUAAGAUGCGCCUUUUCUUUACAUAAUUAAAGUAGUUAGAGGCUCAACCGUUUUGGAUUGCUUUUAUUGUAAGAACAUAAUAAUUAUGUUGACACAUAUUUUACGCACGCACCAAAUGAUAAUUGAAGAAAUACAGACCGGAUAUUUUAUUAGUUAAUAGUUUAAUUAGCAGUAGUUUAAUUUAAACUUUAAAUGACGGCGCUGCGUAGAUGUGUUUAAAAGGUGUUGAAUAAACCAAAAGUAUUACAAUAAUAUUGUUUAACUGCAUCUAUCUUUUGAUCUCCAUUAGCUUUUUCAAAUUGCGGCCUUUUAUAACCGUAAAAGUUGAUACUUUUUUAUCGUGUGUAAGAAGUAGGAUUUUAUAAAAUCAAUACAAUAGAUGACUACUACAGUCACGUGAUCCCAUAACGCAUCGAUUUACCCUGAAUCUAAAAUAGGCCGACGACCCAUGCGUAAAAACUUACCUUUGCAACUCUUGUAUUUAGUAAAAUUACCAGAAAUAUAUUUGCACCAAACAAAACUAUAGAAUGUUUAUGGACUUAUCACUAACUCUGGUCAUAGAGACAUAAGUCGGGGGGCCGCCUAUAGUAUUAAUUUAGGAGAAUGUUGAGAAUUACAUCAGUGUUUAUAAUUAUAAAUUAAACAUAUUGGAGGGAAAGUUAUUACUUCGUUUAACUAUACCAUAUGUCUCGAGAAAGUGAUAACAUUCUCUCCACAUUAGUCUUCAGUCAAUAAAAUAAACUUUGUAUGGGGAGUAAAGUUGUGUUUCCAUUGUUAGAUAGAAUUUUUAUGAUGUGAUAUUGAUAACAUACAUUGAAAAGAAAGAAAGCUUGGUUUGCCAAUCAGGAAACAUAACUUGACAUCUCGAUAACUUUAACAUAGGCCUAGUUAUAAGGAUUGUGUGCCUCUGUGUAAAGCGAGUUAGGUUUAGACAAAAUGUUAAUUGAUUGAAAAUGUUGUGUAUAAAAUGAGAAUAAAAAUCAUAAUUCACCAACGAUAGCGUUAAUUUUAUUUAAUCAUUAGAACUGACUUAUCAAAAAGAUUUCUGUAUACUACUUAAAACUGUGAAUGAUGGUUUGUUGAGAAUACAUAGAAAAUAUAUAGAUUUUAAGCGGCUCUUGUGCGAGUCUUUGAAUCAUGUUGAAGUUCUAGAUUUUGUAAUGAUGUUUAUAUCUCGCACUGGGGCCAGCCAUUGGCCAAUCAUGGCGAUCCGCCAAUGGCUCAGUAUACUACGAUCAGAUGUUAAAUGUAAAUUGAAGUGUUUCAAGUAACAUUGUACCAUUGGUUACCAUAAACACUUAUAGAAUUUGAAAUAAAUAUUUACAAAGGAGUAAAA